AUGACCCUACCGAACUUACCCAAAGAGCUCUGGGACCAGAUUGCAACUUACUUAUCGGGCCGUGAUGUCAAACACCUGCGCCUUGCUUGCAAAUCACUUUCAAGCAUCCCUCUGCAUCUUGAUAGAGUCUUUAUAAGCGCCAAUCCCAUAGAUAUCAAGGUGUUUCGAUACGUUGCAAAUCAUGAUGGUUUUAGACAUUGUGUGCGUGAGAUUAUCUGGGACGAGGCGCGGUUUGAACGAGAUUUCAGGGUUGAUGCGUCUAGUGGUCUCGAAUGGACUGACAUGGGGUAUACUGAAGAUGACCCCCCGGAUGACUUCUUGACUGAAUGCCCGAUGGAAGAACCAUUGACAAUGUGUGAGUCUUGGUGGCAUUACCGACAAUUCCUAGAAGAGCAACGCAGCGUUUUAGCAGAAGAUUUGGACAUCAAGGCAUUUGAGUAUGGCCUUGAUCGCUUCCCAGCUUUAAAGAGGAUAACCAUCACGCCUGCAGCUCAUGGGACGUUAUUUGCUCCUCUGUACAAAACACCAAUGAUCCGGACAUUGCCAUACGGCUUGAAUUACAGCAUUCCACGUGGUUGGCCGGUCUCGGGCGAGUCCUAUCUUCCGGCUGAUGAGUGGAUAGAAGAGAACAAAGGGAAAUGGCGAGGAUUCAAGGAGGUAAUCCGCUGUCUGGCAGAACGUAAAGCAGCAGGAGUGAAAGAGCUUGUGUUGGACACCCACCUGUUGCCAACGGGCGUAACUUGCCGCUUUUUCGACCAGCCUAGUCCAGAAUAUAGCCACCUUGUUGAUCUUCUGCAAAGGCCUGGUUUCCGUCGCCUUGAUCUCGCUCUAAUGGCCGGCCAGCAGGAGCCGGGCGACUGGGAGUCUCUUCGAAACGGACGCUUGCGAAGCGCAUUGGGAGAGGCCCCGGAUUUGGAACAUUUCCAUCUGAACACGAAUAUCGGAUAUCACAGGGCUAAAGAUCCUGGUGUCCAUCAUGCCCUCCUCCACGACAUUUUCCCCAUAGAGAGAUGGCCGAAGCUACGACAUUUUGGUCUGACGAGAUUUCUUGUUUCGCAGCGUGAUCUUGUUUCUUUCUUAUCAAAGCUGCCGGCCUCUGUUCGAACCAUUGAGCUAAAUUGCCUGUAUUUUAUCUCCGGUGACGGUAACUACAGAGAUUUGUUGGAUAAUAUGCGCGACUCUCUGGACUGGAAAACGAGGAUUGCUGUUGGGCGCCCAAAAGUGACUAUCAGACUGGAUCGUCUAGAUUCCGGCGAAAUGGAUAGCCGAACUGUCUGGCUUGAAGAAGAGGUGGGUAAUUUUCUUUAUGAGGGAGGGCCCAAUCCGUUUCACCAAGCAUUUCGCGAUGAAGUACUACCCGGGCAUGGUGGUACGCUGCGAGAUGAGUUUCAGCCUGAGCUGGUGCAUCCAUGGGUCGAUCAUGAUACCCUCGUGCUCAUGGGGAUUGAGAAAGAAUCUCCUUCUGUUAGAAUUGAGGGUGACGACUGA